CUGCACGUCCAUAUAGCUUAUGCGAUAGGAAUUGAUUCUAAGUAUGAUACUACGUUCAGACGAGUUAUUUCAAUUAGUGCUGUUUCACAUUUCUAUAAGCACCGUUGAGUUAAAUUUUUUUUUCAAUUUCCUCCUUUUGUAGGUUGUUAGCCAUUUAAAGAAAUUACAUUUGCAAAAUAAAUCUGUUAACGGUCCCUAAGGCACGUACGCCUUUCAGUAAUCAAUCACCACUUAGUCUAUCAUAUUCAUACAGAGUAACAUUAUAUUAUAUAGGUAGGUACACUUCAAGAAUCAGAUUUUUUACUAAAUUGCUGUUACCGAUAUGGCUAAUGGUAUAAAGAAACUCGAUGAAUACAAUUUAAUGGUGCUCCGAGAACAACUAUCAUUGCCUGCUAAUAAAUAUUGUUUUGACUGUCACCAAAGAGGACCGACAUAUGUGAAUGUUACCAUAGGCUCAUUUGUCUGUACAUCAUGUUCUGGACUAUUACGAGGCCUUACUCCACCACAUAGAGUGAAAAGCGUAUCAAUGGCAACAUUUAGCACUGAAGAAAUUGACUUCAUUAAAUCCAGAGGAAACGAGAGCUGUGAACGGGUCUGGUUAGGAAUGUACGACUCAAAACAACCUACAAAUGAUGAAAAACAAAUAAAAGAUUUUAUGGUUGCAAAAUACGAAAAAAAAAUUUAUUAUUCUGAUCAAGUUUCACAAAAACUAACCAAUGGCAUUCAGACAAGACCCUUUGUUACCACUAUUACUACAAAUCUUCAAAAACCUAGUACUACUACUACACCUGCAAUAAAUAUAUCAUCCUCAAACAAGUUUGAAUUUUUUAAAGAAGAACCUUCAAACCAAAAUCAAUCUCCAAUUCAAACAUCUCAAUCUUUUGCAAAUUUUGAAAAUAACCCAGUAUUUUCUACAUCUUUUGAUACUUCUAAAAAUAUUGACUUCAAUUUUAAGUUUGUCCAACCACUUCAAACUGGAUAUUUUGAUUAUUUGACAUCAAAUCCAAUACAAUUUUCACCAGCAAGAAAACCGAACAACAUAAAUAAUCGAUGGAGUGUUGCUAUUGAAAGUACAAGUCCUAGUACUAGUUGGAAAUCAAAUGGUGCAUCAAGUCAAGGACCAACUGAAGACCGUUACGCUGCAUUGAAAGAUCUCGAUUGCUUAAUGAAAUCUCAAGUUCAACAAGAUACUCCUCCCCAAUUAAAUAAUAGUAACAGUUCUGCAUGGAGUUCCGAUGCUUCUUUGAAUGGAACAUGGAGCAGUCAAGUUUCCGAGAAUACACCUCAAAACCCAUUCAAAAAUAGUGUUCAAGAUGAUUGGGCAUCAUCGAAUAAUGUAGUUAAUCCAUUUUCAAAUAACAUAUCAGAUGAUUGGCAGAAUAAUAUCCAAUGGCCAAAUGGUUUAACUUCCAGUCAAUCAAUGGGUUUUAAUGAUGUAACACCUUGGAAUGCUGAUUUCUCAAAUCCAUUUAAAUUUAUAUUUAUAUAGGUUGGAUCAGCGUCUCCAUUAAAUAAACAUUCAAGCAAUCCAUUUUUAUAAGACCAAUUACAUCUCUCAUUAAAGAAAAUGAAAUUAUCUGGUAAAUUGAAAAGGAUCAUCAAUGCAUAGCUAUAACAAUGGAUUUAUUAUAUUUUAAUAACAAUAAAAUGUUAUAAAUCUCAAAUUGGCAAAAAAUAUAAUUAAACAUAUUUAAUAAUAAUUAGAAUGAAAUAUUAGUUUUUAAUUAACUAUUUCAAGUGUAUAAUCUCAUAUAGCUGGCCAUUUAUUACUAUUCCUACAUUCAAAUUUAUGCAACUAUCUAGUCUUGAAAAUAUUUAUAGUUCGCCUCAAGUUUUUACAUGGUUAUUUUUUAACUAAAAAUUAUUUUUAUAAGUUUUAAAUAUUUGUCUAUAUAACUCAAUACAUGAUCAGUGUAUCAAACAAAUGUUGUAGCAUUAUAUUAAUUAAUAUUAUUAAAAUACAGUUAGUCUUGCAACUUAUAACUUAUGAAACCACAAACUUAUUUUUAUGUAUAUUUACUCCAGUCAUAGCAAAUUCAUGAGUUUAUCAAUUUAUUGCAUGUCCAAACUUCCAAGUUUCAUCCAAAUAGCUUAAAGAAUUGUGCUUUAGUUUUUGAUAAAGUUUUUAAUAAGUAACAUCAUAUACUAAAAAGUUAUAUUUCACUGCAGUCCCAAUAUUUCCAAAAAAUUUUGAAUUCUGGUUUUUUCAUUUAAGUGUGUUAAAAUAAUUUUUGAAUUAAACAAAUCACUUAUUGCAGUACUUCAAGUUUAGCAAAAUUGUAUUCUUAGUAUUUACGUACAAAUUUAAUUUUAAUAAUACAUUUUCAAAUCAUUAUCUUGUCAUGCCCCAAAAUGUUAACAUUAAUUAUAACUUUUAUAAUAUAAUCACUUAUAUUUAAUGUUUAAUUGUAAACAUUUCUUCUUCUUUUUAUAAAUUUAAAUCAAGAAAUAUUCAUCAUUAGAAUAAGCUAAAAUAUAUACUUUAUUUGUGAAACAAAAACUAUAAAUAUUGGGAUUGGUAGAAAGUGAAUACUUUAAUGUAUUUUAAGAGAUCCGUCAAUUAAAUUGUAAAAAUAAAUAAUAUAAAAUGAAAAAUUUAUAUUUAUAGAAUCUCAUAACACAUGGUUUUAUGGUACACAAUAAAUGUGUAUCAUAUAAUAUAUAUAAGUUUAAUGUAUAUUAUAAUAUCACAUACAUUUCACAUGUAUUAUAGAUUUUUAGUGUCCGGAGUUCAU